CCGUCUGAAGGACAUCGGACUGGACAAGCCGCUUGAAAGCCGCGAGGACCAGCUUGCGGAGCACCUGGAACGCCACAAAGUUGGACGAAGGGCGACGUCGCCUCCUUCACACUCCAGCUAGAGAAGACUCACUUGUGGAAGUCGGAAUCUGAAGAGUCCAGACUAGGGAACAUUUUGACGCUUGGUCUUGGGCAGAGAAAAGGAACGUACACAACUGUGAGGAGGAUCCUGACUGGGGUUUAGGGUUGUGGAGAAAAUUAACCUGGGUUUUUUUUCCACUUCAAUUCAGGGACUUGAGGUUCAGUUGAUGUUCAGCAACAACAUUUGGCAUUUCCAGCAGACAGUUUAGGAACCAAAUUAGGUUGACUAAUUGGCUAACCAGAGAAACGUCUUCCUCGGAGUCCGAGCUGUCGAGGACCCAACACCAGCUCGAAAGAAAGGAGCUGAAGUCUUCUUCAGGGUCCAGACUCUGAGGCUUGGAGUGGAGAGAGAAAUUGAGCAAGUCGACCAGACUGGAGAAGAUUGGAGUAACGGUUCUUCAGGUUCCAUCUUGCGGACAAGACUGCCAGGAGGGGGAAGUCAAGAUCUUCUUCGGUGAACCCGAAAGAAGAAGCCAGAGCAGAAUGGUGACGUUUCCAUGCCGAAGGAGCAGCCCCCAAAGAGGUGCGCGAGUCCCGCCCGGGAACCUCGUCCUGGUUCUGAUCCUGCUGCUGCCGCUGGCCCAGCAGGCCCAGGCGGCGCUCCACUCCAGCUUCCGGCGUCUGAGCGGCCGCGAGAAGAAGGAGAUGCAAAAGGAGAUCUUGUCCAUCUUGGGCCUGCCGGGGAGGCCCAGGCCCCACCCGCCGCUCAGGCCGCCCUCGUCCGCGCCGCUCUUCAUGCUGGACCUGUACCACGCCAUGGCGGCGGACGGCGAGGACGACUCGGCCUCCGCCGACGACGUCGUCCGGCCGAGGGGGGCCGCCGGCCAACGGAGGGCGGCCGUCCGCCGCCCGGCGCUGCCCGCCCUCAGCGCGCACACGCCGCCGCUCGGCACGGUCGUCAGCGAGGCCGACACCGUCAUGAGCUUUGUCAACUUGGUGGAGCAGGAGCGGGACCUGCUGCAGCCUCGUCCUUACUGGAAGGAGUUCCGCUUCGACCUGACUCCGCUGCCGCAAGGCGAGACGGUGACGGCCGCCGAGUUCCGCAUCUACAAGACGCUGACGCUCGGGCAGCGGGCCAACAGGACCCUGCACAUCUCCGUGUACGAGAUCCAGAAGGACAGCAGACACAGGGAGCCCGAGCUGGCGCUGCUGGACAUGCAGUCGGUGCCCGCGGGUCAAGAAGGUUGGCUGGCCUUCGACGUCACGUCGGCCUCCAACCACUGGCUCGUACGUCCCCGGAGCAACCUGGGCAUCCGCCUCUACGUGGAGACGGAGGAAGACCGCUCGCUGUCGGCCCCCUGGAUCGGGCUGGUGGGCCGCAGGGGUCCUCGCUCCAAGCAGCCCUUCAUGGUGACCUUCUUCCGGGAGAGUCAGAUCCCCUGUCGGCCGCCCCGCGCCGUCAAGACGCACCCGCGCAGGAAGAAGCCCAAAUACGACCUGCCCCUACCCAGCAUCCACAAUCAAACUCCCGUCGACGGUGGUGGGCAGCCGUGUAAAAAACACGAACUCUACGUCAGCUUCAGUGACCUCGGCUGGAAGGACUGGGUUCUGGCCCCCACGGGCUACUCGGCCUACUACUGCGACGGCGAGUGCUUCUACCCGCUGGGUGCCUGCAUGAACGCCACCAACCACGCCCUCAUCCAGCAAGUGAUUUCACAAAUCCGGGACCGUGGUCCAAAGUCGGAAAAAGGGGGUUGGGGACGAGGUCCUCCCCCAAGUGGAGGACUUCAAGUAUCUUGUUCACGAGUCAGGGAAGAACGACAGCCGCGUCGGUGCAGCGUCUGCGGUCAAGGAGGAGCUAAGUCGAAAGGCGACGCUCCCGACUUACGUCCCUACCCUCAGCGACCCGAGGGACAAGGUCCCACGUACAAGCGGCCGAACAGAGUUCCCCCCGCAGGGUGUCCGGCCUCGGUGCACUUGCUGAAGCCCGACGAGGUGCCCAAGGCGUGCUGCGCGCCCACCAAACUGAGCCCCAUCUCGGUGCUCUUCUACGACGACAACAACAACGUCAUCCUCAAAAAGCAUCGCAACAUGGUGGUCAAGACCUGCGGCUGCCUAUGAGACGUGCGGCGGCUGCCAAACCAACCAGAAUCAGAAGGAAGUGGACUUUGAUUUUUAUUACAAGAUACACAGCUGUUAGUUAUUUGGUCACAUAACUUUCUAAAUAGUCCUUUUGAAAAGAUGAAGACUUUCAAUACAAUGUUGGUGUACAUUUAAAGUCGAGUUUGAAGCCACAACAGUCGAGCAUGAAACACGAUUUGUGCUUAUUAAAGUUGGGGAUGUCAGCAGUCCAAACCAAUGAAAAAUAUAUUCAGUAAGUUAUUGCCAGGUGGGGAGGGAAAAAAAAAAAAAAAAAAAAAGGAGGGGGGGGGGGCUGAGGCGCUGUUGCUACGCACCGAAAGAUAUUUAGUGGCCUAUUGUUUUUUUAAGUUUUGUUUUUUCACUUCUCACCGCAGCUUGCUUCACUCAGGUAAGAUUAAUAAAAGCCAAUUAAAGGAUGAAAAAAGUUGAAAUGUGUGGCCUUGUCUUUCCUUUGCACGCAAUCCUGACAGUUUAUAAGCACGUUGCUUGUAUGCAAUAAAUAUUUUUUUUUUUUUUUUUUUUUUUCUCUAAACGGGACGCUGCCGGCAAACUUUUUGUCACGGUCUUCUUCCCACUCA